GCUACCCAGAUUUCGUUUGCCACUUCAGCUGCGAGGUUGCUUCCUUACUGGCUCAGGCUUAGUUAAGCUUACCAUACGUCCAGUUUUCCCCGGACAUGUCCUCUUUUUGUGCUCCUGUCCGGGUGGUUUUUUAAACUUCCGAGAUUUGUCUGGGUUUUACAAUCCCGAGUCAGACUUCAAAUCUACGCAUGCGCAGAAGGUAGAAGAGCUCGCGAGAGCGGCGAGACUGUGUUGUUUGCGUGGGGAGAAGCAGGACUGUAUGUGUCAGGGAGGAGGACCCAGCCACAGUGACAGCCGGUCAUCAGUCACAGAGUCGGAGUCUCCGUUUCGGAUGGUUUUUCGAUUUUUCUACUUCUGGUAACUAUGUUAAAUAAUGGAAACAAAGUCAAGAUUGCAGGACUAGUGGGGAUUUUCCUAUGCUGAUGUCUCAGAAGAGUGCGAGUGUCUAAUGCUUGUUUAAAAGGAAAUUGGCAAAGAAUUGAACUGAAUCACUCAAGGAUGUCACGAGUACAAGCAGAAAGUGUCAUUAAGAAUAUAAUUCGUGAAAUAGGCCAAGAAUGUUCCAGCAAAGGACAUACUGUGUCUGAAACACUGGUUGCUUUUGUGGUUAAAGCUGUUGUGUUAGACCCAAGGAAUGAAUUUAAUGUAGAGAGAACACUUACAAAAAGUGACGUGCAGAAACUUAUCAAGCUUUGUGUUGAUCGCCUUCUUGAUGUGAAAAGUCCAUCGCUAGACACCAUCAAGAUGCAGGUUUACUUUGACAUGAAUUACACAAGUAGAGAUGAGUUCCUACAUGAGCACCAUCGGGUGCUGGAGUCCAGACUGGCUCCUGUGAGUCGAGAAAUUACAGACAGUCGUUCUCGAACCCGAGAGGAACUAGAAAGUCUAUACAGAAAGAUUGUCAGCUAUGUAUUGCUUUCUUCUGGCCUUGGAUCUCCUACAGAUAUUAGUAUCGUGAGAGAAGCAACAGCUGCUCUGCAGAGUGUAUUUCCUCAGGCUGAGUUGGGUACCUUUCUAUCUCUGAAUAAAAAAGACAAAGAACGACAACUGAAUGAACUGACAAUGAUUGUUACAGGAAUUCGAUUGUUUAACAAAGAUGGAGGGAAGGGAGGAGAAGGCAUUGAUGACUUACCUGCCAUUCUCAAUGAAGCUAUUCCAGCUACUAGCAAGCAUAUUGAAGCUGAACUGCAGCAGUGCCAACAGUUAAUUUAUUCCUAUACAGCACUGAUAGAGCAACUGGAAGAGAAACACCACCUGACUAAAGUUCCUGAGACCAUGUGGUUUGAAGCGUUAUACAAUGUGAGACAGCAUGAGGUGUUUUUACAUGUUAUUCUGUCUGAUGUCAUCUAUUGUGCUAAACAAGUGGAGAUGCUAGAGAAUCAGUUAGCAUCUCAAAUGGAACAACUAAGAACUACAGUUCGGGCAAAGACAGCCGUUCCAACAGCACUUGUGUAUCCACAUUUUAUUGCUCUUUCCAACAUAUGGACUGGACUUCAGAAUGAAAUGGUGCUUCUUAGUGUCCUUAGUAAUCUGGCUACCAACCUGCUACCAUUCCUGGGCACCCAUGCUGAGCUUUUUCCUGCUGAAGCGAUGCAGCCAUUACUGGAUCAACUGAAUGUUAAAACCGAUGAGCAAAGACUACAAGAAACCUUGGGACAAAGGGUAAAUAUAGCUGAUUUCAAGAAACAAGACUGGCUCUUUCCAGAAACAACAGCUAACUUUGACAAAUUGCCACUGCAGUAUCGGGGCUUUUGUGGUUUCACAAUUGCAAAGAAACAUGGCCUCCUUCUACCAGGCAAUCCUGAUAUUGGAAUUUUGAAACACAAAGAGAAAUAUUAUAUCUUCAGUUCCAGGGAAGCAGCUUAUGCAUUUGCACAGCAGCCUGAGGAAUACCUUUUGACAAUAGCUGAAAAAGCUAAGCAGCAUGCAGAACUUAUUCAACUAUUAGAGCUCCAUCAGCAGUUUGCAGCAGUCACUCCUUACUCACAGGCAAAAACAAAUGAAGCACUUAUGAUAAAGCCAAUAACUAAAUGUGACAGUAGUACACAGACUGAUACCCAUUUAGUAGAGUCCAACAUUGUGAAGUCAUAUGAAUGGAAUGAGUGGGAGCUAAGAAGAAAAGCAAUAAAGCUGGCAAAUUUACGUCAGAAAGCAACCCACUCAAUGCAGACUAAUCUUAGCCAUAUGAGAAGAGACAACACUUCCCAAGUAUACCUUCCAAAACAGGUUGGCACACAGACCAAGAGAGACAGUGCAAGCAAUGUACCAAAACCACAGAUUUAUUUGGCAGGGCUUCGAGGAGGCAUGUCCAAAACUACACAUAUGGUCAAAAUUAAUUUAACCAGAGAUGUUGAUGAAUCCUAAACAUUACACGAACAGUGGAGAAUACAGUAGUAGCUAUUCUAUUUAAAAUACUACCUGUAGAUUGUUGACAGCUCUAUGCAAACUAUUUUAGUACACAUGAACUUCAAGGUUUGAUGUUUUAAAAUAUAAUUCACAAAGCAGUUAAUUAGAUCACUUAAGAAUGAACAUUGAUUAUAGCUUCAUUUUUCUUAUCCUUCAUGUUGUCAGAAUAUAUUUAUAUUAUAUUUUUCUGAUUUAAUUUUAUCUGAAUAUUUGUAUAACUGCUGCAAUUGAUAAUGUUUGAAUCCACACAAUAAAGAUGGCAAAGAAGUUUUA